GUCUCUUUCCGUUUCAGGGUUUAUGGCAUCAUCAUCGUCAGCAUAACUGAAACAAGUUAACUGCACUGCACCCAAACAUAAUAAAAGCAAAAAAAACAUCUGUUUCAGUUCAGUUGAAGUAUCUUCUCUAUAUUCUUCUAUCUAUCAUCUCAAAUCGAGAAUUGUGCUGAAUUCAGAAUUCAGAAAAAUGUCUUCAACUCAAAACAAUAACAAAUCGAGUUCCAGAAUCACAUGGGAAGGUUGCAGCGUCUUGCUUGAUAUCAACGACGGCGACCGUCUCGUCUUCGCUCGUCUUUCCCCUGCAGCGAAAUUGAAGAUUGGUAAUAAGAAUUGUUCGUUGCAGCCUUUGAUUGGUUGUCCCUUUGGUACUGUUUUUCAACUUGACACUUCUUCUGAUGGCCCUUUUCUAUCGCCAUUCCAACCCAAAGGUGAUGUAAAUAACACCGACGAAAUAAAAGAUGGUCAUGAUCAACCCAACAGUGAUUCCAAGGACAACCGGUCGUUGAUCGACAAUAAUACUGCACAAAGCCUCACUGGUGAAGAUAUAGAAGACAUGCGAAGACAGGGUGCUAAGGGUAAUGAAAUAAUUGAAGCUCUCAUUGCCAAUAGUGCAACAUUUGAUAAGAAAACAUCAUUCUCACAGGAGAAAUAUAGACUUAAGAAGCAGAAGAAAUAUGCACCAAGGGUACUUAUAAGGCGUCCUGUUGCUCGAAGCAUAUGUGAGGCCUAUUUCAAGAAGUAUCCAUUAAAAAUUGGGUUCUUGAGGGUGGAUACAUUGUCCCUUCUACUUUCAAUGGCUAAUGUUUCUUCUAAUUCUGACAUUCUUGUCGUUGAUAUGGUUGGUGGCCUUCUUACUGGUGCCGUGGCAGAACGUUUAGGAGGCACCGGUUUUGUCUGUAACUCAUAUCUUGGACAGACACCACCUUCCAUGGAUAUUGUGAGGAUAUUUAAUUUAAGCGAUGAAAUCUGCAAGAGAAUUGUAAGGUCUUCCAUAUCUGAUUUGUUGUCGCCAAAGGAAUCACCUCAACAAAACCCGAAACAAGAUGUCGGCAGCGUGGAAAGCCAAUCAAUUGAUCAAAUGAGUGUAUCGGUCAACAUGGAAGAAGUCUCUCAUUCACCAGAAAAUGGAAUUUCUGAUCUUGGUGCUGAAAAUACCACAUUUCCUGUUCUAAAAGCUCACAAAGCUAUCAAGGCUGGAGAAAAGGCGUCUCAAGAGAUCCUUGACUCAUGGAAAGAAAAUGGUUUUUCUAGCUUAAUUAUUGCUGCACCAGACUUGGAUACUUGGACAGUGGUUAGAGACCUCUUACCACUUUUAUCAAACUCUGCUCCAUUUGCUAUUUAUCACCAAUAUCUUCAGCCUCUAGCUACUUGCAUGCACAAUCUGCAGCUUGAGAAAAUGGCCAUUGGAUUGCAAAUAACAGAGCCGUGGCUUCGUGAAUACCAGGUACUUCCAUCAAGAACUCACCCACAUAUGCAAAUGAGUGCAUUUGGAGGUUACAUUCUCAGUGGGACAAAGAUCUGCAGCAGCUGAUUCUAGCUUCACCAUCUUCUACCAUAAUUACACCAUUUUUGUUCAGCCAAAGGCUAGAUACGGCCAAUGUACACUAGUUAUUUAUUAUCUCCCUCAAUUAUAUUUGGUGGGCUGUAAUAUGAUUUUGUACUUUAUAGUUUUUCUAUUUUAUUUCAUUUUUAUCCAAAAAAUAGUAAUAACAAACUGUAUGUUAUUUCUCAAUUAUUUUUGGUGCAUCACUUUCAAUAAUGGUAGAAUGAUCAUUGUUA